AUGGCCCUCGCCCAAGCAACCUUCCAACGCUCCUCUAAGCGCGGCCUCGUCUUCGUCCCCAACUCCAAGUAUCCCGACGACAACAAGAUCUGGAUCGAGUCGGGCAGCGACCUGACCUGGUACUACAACUACGGCGUCCAGCCAUCCCCCGUCUACUCAUCCGCCAAGUCGCAAUCCGACUUCGAAUUCGUGCCCAUGCUGUGGGGUCUCUCCGACACGUCCUUCCUCACCGAGAUCACCACACUCACCACAUCCGGGACCAACAUCAGCCACGUGCUGACGUUCAACGAGCCGGACAGUUCGUCCGCCUACGGAGGGAGCAACAUCGAACCCGCGGCCGCGGCCAAGACCUGGAUCCAGGAAGUCGAACCGCUGCGCAAGAUGGGUAUCAGGACCGGUGCACCGGCUGUCACUGGCAGCCCGGGGGGCUUCACGUGGCUGCAGCAGUUCUUCGCCAACUGUACAAGCCAGGGCACGAACUGCACCGCGGACUUCAUUCCCGUGCAUUGGUACGGGGAUUUCCAAGGGCUGGCCAGCCAUCUGGGUCAGGUUUCUGCUACCUUCCCAAACACCAGCAUCUGGGUAACCGAAUACGCGCUGAACAAUCAAUCGCUCGCGACCACCCAAUCCUUCUUCAACACCUCCGCGCAGUACCUAGACCGCCUCAGCUCCAUCGAGCGCUACUCCUACUUCGGCGCCUUCCGCUCCGACGACUCGAACGUGGGCCCCAACGCCGCGAUGCUGACGCAGAAAGGCCAACUGACAGAUAUCGGCUCCUGGUAUCUUGGGGGCAAGGCAACGACUAAUAUCCCGAGUGCGGCGGCGGCGGCGAGGUGGCCUGGGGUGUGGGUGGGAUGGGGACUGCUCUUGGGGGUGCUGGGCCUGGGUUUGUGA